GUCCAUCUGCAUAGUAGGCUAGCUAGCUUUCCUGCAUUUGUCUUUCCUGCUGCCAGAGGCACCACUCAUUACCUUGCAUCCAGCUACUAACAACCGAACAAGAAACCAACCAGGCUAUUUAUCAGUAGUAAUUUAAAAGAAACUCCACAAGCGGAUAAAUGGGACAAUGAAUUAAAUAAUAAAGGAGAUAUUGAAGACAAGUCCAAUUGCACCAAGUAUCUGCUUAUUAGCAGCCUUUCUAGACCUGACAUUGAGGUGGGCUUCACUAUUUACAAAUGGAGAAUGGAGACUGGGGCCAUAGGAUGACCAACCCAGUCACCUUGAAUGUGGGGGGCCAUGUGUACACCACCUCCCUAUCAACCCUGCAGCGGUACCCAGACUCCAUGCUGGGGGCAAUGUUCCGUGGGGAUUUUCCUACAACACGGGACGCCCAGGGAAACUACUUCAUCGACCGUGAUGGGACUCUGUUCCGAUAUGUACUGAACUUUCUGCGUACAUCUGAGCUUACCCUCCCUGUGGACUUCACAGAGACCGACCUCCUGAGGAAGGAGGCAGACUUCUACCAGAUUGAGCCACUGAUCCAUUGCCUCAAUGACACCAAGCCACUCUAUCCUCUGGACAUCUUUGAGCAGGUGGUGGAACUGUCCAGCACGAGGAAGCUCUCCAAAUAUUCCAACCCGGUGGCUGUGAUUAUCACACAGCUUACUAUAACGACUAAGGUCCAUGCCUUGCUGGAAGGCAUCUGUAAAAACUUUACCAAGUGGAAUAAACACAUGAUGGACACCAGAGACUUCCAGGUGUCAUUUACUUUUGGACCAUGUGACUACCACCAGGAAGUGUCACUUAGGGUUCACCUCAUGGACUACAUUAUGAAGCAGGGCUUCACUAUUAGGAACACACGAGUGCAUCACAUGAGCGAGCGAGCCAAUGAGAAUACAGUCGAGCACCACUGGACAUUCUGCAGGCCAGCUCGCAAAGUAGAAGACUGACAACUAUGUGAGACGUAUGACUAUGGAGUCAUUAUCAUACCGUUUUCGUCAUUAUCUUUCAAAGAUGGUAAUAUAUUGGCAUUCUGGUAUUGUUUAAAAGAAUGAGUAAAUAAUCUGAUGCUGGCAAACUAGUAUUGUGUUAUUUGGCAGCAGCUCAAUAAGUUGUGCAUCCAAAAUGAGUGCUGCUGGAACAAGGAGUUCCAACCUUGCUCUUCACAGAUUACAGGCUGAAUGCCUCCUCCCCUUUCUAAAUGUGAUGUUAAUACUUUCAACAUUUUUAUUUGUUCAAUUAUCCAGUUAUAAAAUAAAACGUAACACCACAGCAAAUUUUGCUUGUUGUACCUUCCAUCCCAUCUAGAAAGGAAUCCACCAUAGUCCAUAAGAGAUUAAUCUGUUUGUAAUGAGACUUCAUUGCCAUGUGGAUGAGAAAUCCCUAUGUAGAAGAAAAUGUUUAACAUUAAACUCAUGGCUAUUCUCAGCCUUUGCGAUAGAAGGGUGGUGUGAAUAAAAAGUGGCUGAUUAAUGCCCUAAUAUUAUAGACACAUUGUGUUUCAAAAUAAAAAUAAUGCAGAAUAAUCAACCAUUCUUUGGUACAUCAUGUCUAACUCAUCUGAAUGUUAACAUUGUUGUCUGUCUUGGUGUUCAUUGCAUGUGUUUAAGAUGUCUGCACUGGACGCAGUUGGAAACUCAGUAUUGCAUGUUUUAAAAGCAUGUAUUUUAUGUCAGGUCUCUAGAGCUCUUGUUGUCAUUGAUGUAGUUGGUCUGUCCAGUCAAAAAAUAAACCCAUAUGUUAUUUCUUGUA